ACAACACUGACAGAACAACAGUGAACACAGCACAUUGAAACAGCUUCUGAUCUACAAAUUUCAACAGCAGAUCUUAACUCAGUAAAAGAUGGACUUCAAAAUGAGCUACAUGGCUGAGGAAUGGAGCCUCAAGAUGCCCAAGGGACUGGACUUGGAAGUUUCCCAUCAUCCAGUGACAAUGAAGAGUGUGGUCAACCUCAUCAUUGCCAUGGAGAGGUUAAAGACCAGCAAUUCAGAGCCAGUGCUGAGCACAGACUUCCAGGAUGAAAACCUGCUUUCCAUCAUGCUGGAGAGCAUUGUGGAAGAGCAUAGUGUGAUCGAGAGGACAGGUGCACCACCUCAGUUCACCAGCAGGGAUGAGAUUGAGUGCACUGUGACUGACAGCCAAAAGAGGAGCUUGGUUCUGGUCCAAAGCAGCAUGGAGCUCCAUGCAGUGAUGCUGCAGGGAGGCAGUGAUGACCGCAAAGUGCACCUGAACAUGUCGACCUACGCGCACCCUACACCCAUCGCUGAGACCAGGCCUGUCGCUCUGGGCAUCAAAGGCACAAACCUCUAUCUGUCUUGUCACGAGGAUGACGACAAGCCAACCCUCCACCUGGAGGAGGUGACGGAUAAAAACAGUCUGACAAGGAUAAGCGCUGAAAGCGACAUGGUGCGAUUUCUCUUCUAUAAACGCGACACUGGGCUCAGCAUCAGCACUCUCAUGUCUGUCCGCUGCCCCAACUGGUACAUCAGCACAGCGCAGGACGACGACCAGGUGGUGGAAGUGUGUCAGGAGACUGCCCCACGCUACAGAAGCUUCAACAUCCAGCGCCAGAGUUAAAACCCAUUAAGGAUUCCCAAGAUGAAUUUUGGAGCUCUAUUUGCGCUCCAGUUUGACCUUCUUAAAGUAUGUGCUAGGUACAUAAAUUGGAAUGAUUAAUGAUGUAAAGUUACAUCACAAGGUAGCAUCAUUGUGCUCUCUGAGCAUCUGGUGUGUAGUUAUUAAUCAAUAAUUUAACAUACUGUUGAUGCUUUUAUAUAUGUAUUUAUUCAUCUAUUUAUGCUAUUGCAAGAUGUUAAUUAUUUGUUUGGUUGUUUGUUUUUACAAACAAGUAUUUAAAUGAUCUAACAA